AUGAGCUCCAUUACGCGCAUGUCGCCGCUAGACUUGCUGUCGCUAAACCUCACCAACCUUGACCCUCUGACAGAGAACUAUGACCUGGGCUUCUACCUGAACUAUUUGACCAAAUGGCCAUCCCUGUUCAGCACAGUGAAAGACCGCGAUGCGGGCGUUGUGGGCUACAUUAUGGGUAAACUGGAAGAGCAGCACCCAUCAAUGAGGGAAUCUCCUCAUUACACGCCGUGGCACGGGCAUAUCACCGUCUUGACAGUUGCACCGGCCUGGCGCCGACUCGGCUAUGCUAGCCGAUUGACAGAGCAGCUGGAGCAAGGAUCAGACAUUAACGAUGCCUGGUUUGUGGAUCUCUAUGUCCGAGCAGGGAACAAGGUAGCCGUGGAUAUGUAUAAAGGCAUGGGGUACUCUGUAUUCCGACGAGUGGUGAACUAUUACAGCGACGACCCAACGGGCAUGUCAGAAUCUGGCGAAGACGCCUUCGACAUGCGCAAGCCGUGUAGUCGAGACAAGAAACUCGAGCACGUGAGAGACAAAGGCGAAGACUUCCUGGUCAACCCAGAAGAUGUCUCAUAG